AUAAUUAAGAAUGAAAAGAAAAAGAAAGACAAAAAGGAUAAAAACAAAGAAGUUAAAAAAGGAACCAAGGCAGUGGAUUUUUAUGAGUUUAUUAAAAAUCUUGACUUGCCCACUAAUGAACUAUAUUUUCUUUUGUUAGAUAAUUCUCCUAUUCAUUACACUACCAAGGAAUUAGAAGAGUUAUCAUUAAGUAUGGAAGAAUUAACCCAGCAAAAGAAUAUUGUUCUUAAAUAUUUUCCCACUUAUGCUCCGAUGUUAAAUCCAGUUGAAUUAUGUGUUGGUUUCAUUAAGGCACCAGAGGCUUACCAACUAAGGUUAAGUGCUUCCAAUGUUCCCAAGAUUUCUGGAUUAAGUGAAAUAAUGCUACUCGGAGUCACAGCAAACUCUAUACUUGGGAAUACUGAACAGGAGAGAAAACUAAGGAUAAAAUUUGUGGUCCAUGUUUGCGCUUUUUAUGAACUGAUUCUAGAGGUUUCUAUGGAUUUGGAAUCAUUUGAAAAGAUAAUUCUUCCUAGGUUAAAUAAUAAAUACCCUGCCGACUAUCAAAAACUAAAAACCAUUCUUUCUAAAACAAGAGAUUUAUACAAAGAACUAAUAAAACCGAUUGAAGAAAAUUCUUCCAGAGAUGAAAUGUGUGAAAGUUGUAGUUCGGAAUUAGAAACUCAAAUAAAACCUCUUCAAGUGGAUGAAAUAGAAGGUCGGAGAAUUAUGAAUAAGUUUGAAGAAGCGGAAGUUAAAGAAAUAGGAAAAAUUAUUAAUAAACUUUCUGAUGAUGAGAGAGAGGUAGAAAUUGAUGAAACUUAUGUAGGAGAAAGAAAAGGUAAUGUAAUUGUUGAGAAAGUCCCUAAUGUGGAGCAGAAAACUUUAGAACCAAUAAUUAGAACUUAUAUUGAAGAGGGUUCUAAUGUUUAUACUGACGAGAAAAAGCAAUAUGCCAAUGGUAAGGCUUCCACUAACUCAGCUGAAAACUUUAAUUCUUGCUUAAAGAGAGGGAUUUAUGGCACUUACCAUUGGGUGAAAAAGAAAAAUGUUCAAAGAUAUGCAAACGA